UUUCUGCAAUCUGAUAAAUAUAGAUUGCAUUAAGUAAGCAGUUUAUUAGGCUGAUUAAAAUCAAAAUGAACGAAGAAGAAAUCAAAGUUUUAUCUAUCGGUGAUAAAUCAGGUGUAAUUCAAAUUUUAAAGAAAUUCUUAAACGAUAAUGAAAAUGUUUUUACAUUUCCAAAUUUAUCAAUGAACAACAACAGAGUAUCCUUAUGGGCUGCUUUAUUUCAACUUAUUCAAGAACCUUCUUUGGAAUCUGUGCAUGCAAUGUGUUUGUCUGCUCUCAGGAUAUUAAGCCGAGAUAAACUUGAAGUAGAUGCCAUAGUAUGUGAGAAAUGGAUAAUAACAUUAAUUGAAAAAGCUGGUCUGUUUAAUUUUCUAAACAUUGAUGAUGAAACAAAACCAGCAGAGAGAAUACCAAAGAAAGAAGAGGCUAUCGAGGCUUUAAAAUGCUUGUGUAACUUAGCAUUGAAUAGUGAGGUAUCGAGAGCACUUUGUGCCCAUACUUCUAUUGCACAAGGCCUGGUUGCAAGAUUGAGGUCUUACAAAGACAUACCUUAUAAAGAUGACAUUAUGCUAUUUGACAUGAAACUGCUCUUCAUUCUAACAGCUCUUAGACAAGACAUAUCUGCAAAGAUCAAAAGUGAAUUGCACGGAAUGGACUAUCUUAUAAGUUGUUUGAAUGAAAUAAUUACUGAAGCAUCUGUUGAUCCAGAUGUUGCAGGUGCAUGUGGUGGUGUAACUGGAGACAGCCAUUGUUUCUUACAAGAUAAUCAACAAGCAAUAAUUUGUGAAAUAUUAAAAAUUCAGUUUAAUCUAACAUUACAAAAUAGCUUAGAUGACCAGGUGGAUGAAGAGGAAGAGGCAAUUUAUUUAAGAUUAAUGCCUGUGCUCACAACACUGCUCAGUGCACAUGUGUCAUCGGAGCAAAAGUUACAUGAGUUACGAAAUAAUAUUGUUAAUGUGCUAGUCAGUGUGCCAUCAAAGUUUUAUCCAUACUUAACUCCUGAUUACAAUGAGGGAGAAAAGCCGCAAUAUGUGUAUGACACUAAAAAUAUGGAGUCCUUACAGUCACUUAUUCAGUUCCUGUUACACCGUCUCACAAUAACAACGAGUACAAGUAAUCAGAAUGAAUAUUUGUGCCCGAUCUUAACUGUAUUGAAUAAAAGUGCACGUAGUUGUCGGGCUCAUCGUAAAUAUCUCAGACAAGAAGUGCUGCCACCUCUGCGCGAUGUAUCAAGUCCUCCGGAGAAGGGAUCCACACUACGCAACCAAUUGUGUAGACUGCUCACAACACCAAUCACCGCUAUCAGAGAUCUAGUUGCUGAGUUCCUAUUCAUAUUGUGUAAGGAGAAAGUUGGGCGUAUGGUGAAAUACACUGGUUUUGGGAACGCUGCGGGCCACUUGGCGCAAAAGGGCCUGUUGUCUGGUGGUCGCGGCCCCGUGGUGUACUCAUCGAGUAGCGAGGACUCCGAUACUGAGGAGUACUUAGAAGCGCAGCCCCACAUAGACCCCGUGGUGGGCUGCACGCGCCCCCCACGUGUCAACCCGUUUGAAGGCAUGACAGAGGAACAGAAAGAGUACGAAGCGAUGAAGUUAGUGAAUUUAUUCGACAAGAUGGUGUCAACGGGCGUGGUGAAGCCGGCGCGGGUUGGUCCUGACGGUCGGCCGCAGCCAGUCGAACAUGUGCUCGAGAUGAGGGAACACCCACCUAACAGACCUCAGUCCUAAUUAUUUAUACUCUAUGUUAAUCUUUACCACAGAUUAAAUAUGUUGCAUAGGCAACAUAAAAUACCUAUUUAUAAUCUGUGUCAUUCUUAAACACAAAUAUAAAUUAAACAUUACAAGGAAUUUUGAUUAGAUUAAAUUAAAGCACGUCUUAUCCAGUUAGUAGUCCUCUUAGUAGUAGGGGCUCAGUUAUCCGCAACUCCACGACAAGCGCGUAUUUUGCGUG